AUGUCUAGCGGAACGAUUCCCAGACCUCCAGAAGGUCCACCCUACCCACCACAGACCGCCGGUCUAGGCGGCGUUCCAACUGUCAUCCCCGAUAUCCCCAUCGAUGCCGUCUUCAUCUUCCUUUAUGUGUGCUUCGCCGCGACCAACUUCACCCUCUUCAACUACAAUCGCAGCAAGGGCCACUUCUUCCUGCCAAGUGCCCUGCUCGGCGGCUUCUCCAUGGCCAGAAUCCUGACGCUCUGUCUCCGCAUCGGCUGGGCGACACACCACCACAACGUAUCCCUCGCCAUCGCCGCGGGCAUCUUUGUCAACGCGGGCAUCCUAAUUGUCUACAUCAUCAACAUCCUCUUCGCCCAACGAAUCCUGCGAGCCAAGCAGCCGAAACUGGGCUGGCACCCGCUGGUCAAGACCUUCUUCGUCGCCGUCUACGCUCUCAUCGGCGUGGCGCUGGCGCUGCUCAUCACCCUCAUCGUCAUCUCCUACUACACCCUCAACCUGGCUACCCUGCAUGUUUCCGAGUGGGUCCUCCGGAGCGCCGUUCUCUACCUCUUGAUCGUCACCCUCCUACCCCUUCCGCUCCUCGCACUAGCUUUCGCCAUGCCACGGUCGCCCCUCGAGGAAAACUUUGGCACGGGCAGUCUCAAGAGCAAAGCCCUCCUUCUCACCGCCGGCACGCUCAUCUGCGUCACCAUCGACGGCUUCAAAGUCGGCGCGCUCUGGUCGCCGCCUCGCCCUGCAGAUGACCCGGCGUGGUAUGACUCCAAGGCAGCCUUUUACGUCUUCGUCUUUUCGCUCGAGAUCUUGGUGCUCACGCUGUACACCGGCUUCCGGGUGCAUCGUCGCUUUUGGGUGCCGAAUGGGAGUAGUAAGAGGCGCACCUACAUCGAGCCCGGAAAGAGUGAGAGUGAUGGGCGUACGUACUCGCAAGAUGAGGAGAAUAUCUCACAUGAUCAGGAGAAGUGA